AUGCUGGCAUAUUCGGGGCAAAAUACUACUACUACUACUACUACUACUACUACUACUACUACUACUACUACUACUACUACUACUACUACUACUACUACUACUACUACUACUACUACUACUACUACUACUACUACUACUACUACUACUACUACUACUACUACUACUACUACUACUACUACUACUACUACUACUACUACUACUACUACUACUACUACUACUACUACUACUACUACUACUACUAAUCAGUUGCACAGAUUAUCCAAUAUCCAGAUUUAUGUUGAGCUGUUUACAUCAUGUAUCAAUUGUAAUCAAUAUUCAAACAAAUUGACAGUUCUCAAUAGUAUGAGCAAUAAAUCAUUGAUUAAAACAUCAAGGCAAAAACUAAAGCCCGGUUAA